CAUCAAAACGAAUAAAAUUAACUUCAACAAGAAUGGGAACUGUCCAUGCAAAGGCAUCAAAUAUUUCUGGAAACUUAAAUCAGGACACAAAUGAUGCUAUUCCCAAAGAAAAAAAACACAUUCCUAAAAAAAAAGAUGACUCUAAGAGAAAGAACAUAUUACGGAAGAAUGAAAUGGAAGGAAAGCCUGUUGAUUUGCUAACAAUGAAGGCAAGAGUUGACAGAAUACAUGUGGAUGGACUUAAGCGAACGAAAGAUGAUAUUGUAAAGGCUCAAGUAACAGACCUCUUUAAAGCUAAAGACUUUCAAGAUGUUAUCAUACGUGCCCAUAGAGUCAAGGGAAAACUAGAGGCAAUAGGAUGUUUCAGAAAUGUGGGAGUUUACAUUGAUACCAGUGAAGGUCCUCAUGCUUCCCCAGAAGGUGUUGAAGUUACCUUUACGGUACAUGAAACUGGACGCUUGAUAGGUGGCAUUAACACUAUGGUCGGAAACAAUGAAGGCUCUGUAAUUAUUGGAGCGAAAACGCCCAAUUUAUUUGGUAGAGGAGAACGUCUUCAAAUGGAAUAUUCCCAUGGUACAAAAAGUUCCACAAAUGUAAAUGUGUCGGCUAUUAAACCACUCGUGGAUAAUUGGCUUCAUACAGUGCUAAGUGCUAGCGUAUUUAACACAAGCACUGACUUUCCAUGGUCUGGUUUUAAUGAGCGUGACAAAGGCCUUUUGUUAGAUGUUGCUCUUAACCCAGAUGGGGCAGGUAUACUGAAACACAAUCUACAGUACGAAGCUACAUAUAGGAAAAUCAUUUCUGCGAAGCAAGCAUCGUUUUCCGUUCGCGAACAAAGUGGUCCUAGCUUGAAAUCUGCGUUACGGUAUAUUUAUACUAUCGACAAACGAGAUUCUACGAUAUUCCCUACUGUGGGAAGUCUCGUUCAGUUUUCAACAGAAGUGGCUGGGCUUGGUGGAGACAUUGGAUUUGUUAAAAAUGAACUCGUCAUGCAAGCUAAUUGGUCGCCACACGAAUACUUUAAUUUCCAGUUGGGUCUUCAGACUGGACUGCUCAGAGGAAUUAAUGACGAUAAGAAAGUAAACAUAGUGGACCGAUUCUUCUUGGGAGGACCACUGAACCUCAGAGGAUUCGACAUGAGGGGUUGUGGACCCCGAAAAGAUAACAAUUCUCUAGGUGGCGACGCGUAUUGGGCGCUUGCGCUUCAUUUAUAUACACCGCUGCCAUUCAGGCCUGGUCGAAAUGGUUUCGGAGAUCUGUUCAGAUUACAUGGUUUUGUCAACGGUGGAAAUCUAAUGUGCGCAAAUAAUUUAACAAAGAAUAUGAAAAUCUUCACGGACGAUAUACGUGCUUCGGUUGGUGGCGGUAUUGUAAUGAAACUUGGAGACGUUGCAAGAAUCGAAUUGAAUCUAAUUAGGCCUUUCUGGUACGGUAAAGGCGAUGUAUUGCGACCGGUUCAAUUUGGUAUAGGGUUGCAGUACUUAUAAGCAUUUCUUAUUCAGGAGUAGUAAAUUGUAUAUCUUGUAUUAUUU